AUGGAGGCGCUCGGCUACUUCACGGAGGAGGCGGCGUGGCCCGUGCUCAGCUCCCCAGUGAACGUGGACGCAGUGGCCACCACACCAAGGAAGUCGGUGGGCGAUGGCGUGGACUUGGACUCGAUGCUGCUGUCGCUGGAGAUCCAGGAGCUGCUGAGCUCCUCGGACGAGCAGGACAAGGACAAGGGCAAGGACAAGGACAAGGACAAGGUCUCGUCCAAGCCCUCGAGCGCCAGUGGCUCUCCCUCAGCGAAGCAGGAGACGCAGUCGCCUCCGAAGAAAAUCGACGGACGACUGCGGCCUUACUCGACGUGUAAGCGGCGCAACCGCAGGCGUCCAAAGCACGAGCUGGAGUAUCUACGGUCCAAGGUGGCGGAGCUGCAGGAGGAGCUGGAGAAGCUCAGCAAGUCGGAAGCUGUGGGUUCUCCCGAUGCUUUAGCUGCAGGCAGCGAGGACUUGAGCGUCGUUCAGACACAACAGACAGCGCUGAUCCCGCGGGGUUUCUCGAGCUGGAAGGACAUCGCGGACCGACAGCGCGAAGCGGUCGACAACUCCAUCGACGAGAACCGGAGGCUGCGCAACAGACUCUUGGGCCAGCUGCAGGUGGCGCGCGUGCUGGAGGCCGCCAUCGAACAGCAUCAGAGAGAGGCGAGUCCGUGGCACGGCAUGCGCGCGAAUGGACCCGCCAUGACACUGACGGACGCGGAGAUUUUCGCUCAGCUGAACGCGAGCGUGGAGUCGCAGUUCGCUGACGUCAACACAGUCAUGACGACGUCGGGGCUCUCGAACGUGCUUCACGACCUAGCGGGUGGGCUGGAGUUCAAGCGUGAGGACAAUGGCGUAUCGUUUCGCUACGAGGAAGCGCGGCUGCUGCCGUUCCCGCUGCAAGACUGGCACGAUGCGCUCUGGAACAGUCUGCACUGCGGCCUGGUGGUUAAAGACACCCAGGCGCACGCGCUCACUAUAGACCACUUGAACCUCAUCUUCCGCGACACACUGGAGCUUCCCAAGGCGCACAAAGUCCGCAUCACCAAGAGAGCCGCGUUCAGACGGCAUAUCGAGCACGACCGCGUCGUAUUCGUGUGGAGCAGCUACGUGGAGAUCGACGGGUCGGUCUCGGUUCGACUUCGUGACAAAGGGUGGAGUACGUCGUCGACUUUCGAGUUCUACCGAGGGGUUACACAGGGCGCUGACAGCAGCUCCAGCAGCUUUAAACGAGGCUGCUUGGCUAGAAUGGCGAUCCAAUUGGUGCCCGAGGUCUCCGAGUUCAACUCGCAGGAGGAGGCGCAGAUGCACAUCGGUGAAGUCACGGACCUAAUUGUUGGCACCUAUCGCCACAACUUUGGGCUGGUGCAUGAAGUGGUUGAGAAGGUCCUUCUCAGCAGCGCAGAUGCAGAAUCGAGUAGCAGUGGAGUGGUGCGUAUGUGA